AUGGGAGACAAGGAGUUCGAAGCCAACGCGUACGAGUCGGCUCCGGAGGAUACAUCUAAGGGAGUGAUAAGAGGAGUAACGCACGAGGUGUCUCCUAGAGAAAUAGUGGAGAUGCUUGUAACACCAAGGAAUCCGACGGUCCUCAUGGCCAAAAGGAUGGGAAACACCACGAACGUCAUCAUCCUUUUCGACGGGCAUCACGUCCCAAACUACGUGAGAUACGGAAGGGCACUGGUCAAGUGCUCACUAUACCGGAAGCAAAUAGACAUAUGCUACCAAUGCGGACGCCUCGGACACAGAGCCGAUGUCUGCCCGAACCCGAACAGCAGGAUAUGCAGAGGCUGCGGCAUGGAGAACCCGCCACAGGCCACGAUACUGAAGUCUUCCAGUUCUCCGUCAACUGCCAACUGUGACAACUCAAAGCAAGGAUGCCUCCACCGAUGUCACCUAUGUGACUAUGAGGCUGAUGAACUGUUUCAUCUGGAAGCACAUGCCAACCUCCAUACUGAAGAGAAGCCAUUUCAGUGCCCUUCAUGCCAUAGGAGCUUGUCAAACAGAUACAACUUAAACGUUCACCUGCGCACCCACACAAGCGAUAAGCCAUUUGAGUGCUCUUUAUGCCCCCAGAGCUUCUCACAAAAGUGUUACCUCAAAGACCACCUCCGUACGCAUACAGGUGAGAAGCCAUUUGAGUGCCCUUCAUGCUCACAGAGCUUCGCACACACGACUAAUCUGAAAGUCCACCUGCGCACCCACACAGGUGAGAAGCCAUAUCAGUGCCCUUCAUGCUCUCGGGGCUUCAAAAAGAGAUAUGACUUAAAGUGCCACCUGCGCAUCCACACAGGCGAGAAGCCAUUUCAGUGCUCUUCAUGCUGUCAGAGCUUCUCACAACUGGCCCACCUAAAGGCCCACCUGCGCACCCACACAGGCGAUAAGCCAUUUGAGUGCCCUUCAUGCUCUCAGAGCUUUUCACAACAGGCCCACUUGAAAGCCCACCUGCGUACCCACACAGGCGAGAAGCCAUAUCAGUGCUCUUCAUGCUCUCAGAGCUUCUCACAAAAGGGCCACCUGAAAGUCCACGUGCGCACCCACACAGGUGAGAAGCCAUAUCGGUGCCCUUCAUGCUCUCGGGGCUUCAAAAACAGAUAUGACUUAAAGUGCCACCUGCGCACCCACACAGGCGAGAAGCCAUUUGAGUGCCCUUCGUGCUCUCAGAGCUUCUCACAACAGGCCCACCUAAAAACCCACCUGCGCACCCACACAGGCGAGAAGCCAUUUCAAUGCCCUUUGUGCUCUCAGAGCUUCUCACAACAGGCCCACCUGAAAGUCCACCUGCGCACUCACACAGGUGAGAAGCCAUAUCAGUGCCCCUCAUGCUCUGAGAGCUUCUCACAAAAGGUCCACCUCAAGAGACACAUGAGGCGAGAAGCCAUUUCAACGCCCUCUAUGCCUUCUGAGAUUCUCGUUGAAGAAUGCCCUGAAGACACACCAGCUCAUUCAUGCAGGUGACCGGCCAUAUAGCUGUAACGUCUGCUGCAGGUCCUUUACUCAGUCCCAUCA